UCUACCUCUUUCCACUGACUCUCUCUCUCUACGUUUUCGUCCAUCGAAUCCAGGCAAGAGAUCAGACUCAUCAAUAGUUAGCGACUAGCGAUCCACUGGAACUCCUACUGCCCGUUCCCCUAACGCAGUCUCCCGGAAGCGGUCUCUUAUCCCAGAGUCAUCAUCCUUGCUUGAACAUUCAAUUAAAUAAAGACUGGACCCGCUGAAUCUGGAGCACCACCUUUCUUACAACACUCGCCCAAACUUCCAUCCAGUCAGAAUCAUCGACGUGUAAGCCUCAAUUGUUCACACAGUACCACCCUCGACAUGUCAAGUCAUCACGCUCAUUUCGCUGCCGAUUCCACUGCCGGAUUACCUCAUACGCCCCCAGUCGAAAAGAUGGAGGAUGACACUAUGGAUGGAGGAGACACGAAACCAAUCCCAUUUUCAAGACCCAUAACGCCUGUCCCUGCGCACGAUCGGCUAGCGUUCGUCGGUUUAGGGGCAAUGGGAAAACGGAUGGCGGUCAAUCUGGCCAAAUCGCUGGCAGAGAGAGCAGCCCCCCCCUUGAAGGUAUACAAUCGAUCAGACAAGGGUCUGUCAGAAUUCAAGACGUAUGCCGAGAUGAAGGGCUUGACCGAGGAGAUGUACGAGGUCGAGAGGGACUUGCAUGUCAUCGGCAAGACCGCCGACAUCAUUGUGACGUCUUUGGGAGGUGAUGAAGCUGUUGAAGAGGUCUACACACAGCUCUUCAAGGGUCAGGAGAGUCAAUCGGACGCUGGAGAUGGUAUCAAGCCAGGUGGUCACGGGCGAACUACCAUCUUCAUCGACACCAGCACCAUCUUCCCCACCACUGCAGGCGCGAUGGAACGUAUGGCCACUUCGAAACCUCACAGGGUAUUCCUCUCGUGCCCAGUCUUUGGUAUCCCGGCUGCCGCGGAGGAUGCGGAUCUCGUCUUGGCAAUUUCCGGAGACUACUUUGCCAGGAAGCACGCUGCACAUGCCCUUGUCCCAGCUAUCGGUAAGAAGGUCAUGGAUCUGGGUAGCAACGUUGAGCGAGCCAUGGCGUUCAAGCUCGUCGGAAACUCGCUCGAGGUCGGCUUUAUCGAGCUCUUAUCGGAAAGUUUCACACUCGCAGAUCAAGUUGGCGUCGGUUCGAGUCAGCUCGUCGAGCUUAUAAGGGAUCAACACUCCUCGCCUCACUUGACGAGAUACGCCGAGAGAAUCAGCAAGAACAAAUUCGCAGUGGAAGGAGGAUUCAACUUGGCAGGAGGAAUCGCCGAUGCCAGACACAUUCGACGUCUCGCUGAAAACCACGAUGUUCCCAUGCCGUCCCUCGACGUGGCCUUGCAACAUAUGCUCAGUGCUAGAGCGCAUGGAGGUGCCGACCUCGAUUGGACAGCGCUAGUAGGAGGGCAGCGAAUCGCCGCGGGUCUGCCGCCAUUCUCCGGCAAGACGACACGAUUGGAAAAGGAGGAUUAAGAUAUCUAUUUCUAUCUCGACUCAUACCCCGUCAGAAGGUAUAUACCACCCAUGUUAGAGACAAAGUGACGAUGAGAGGCUCUGAAUGAGUACCUGUAUUACGUGGUAGGCAAGGUGGGAGCGUGCAUCAUUGAGUCUAGUAGG